ACCGCCUCCUGCAAGUGCCAGAGCCAGGCGGGCAGCGCGGAGGCUGCAGUGGCAGUGGCCGCGGAGCUGGCCCUGCGGGGCCCCGGGGGGGAGGGGGAGCCCCGAAGCCCCCGCCGAGGCCGUCACCGCCGGGCCUCCCCUCCCCCCCAGGGCGGGCGCCAUGCGGGGGGGCCCGGGCGAUGCGGAGCGGCGGCAGCGCUGGGGUCGCCUCUUCGAGGAGCUGGAUAGUAACAAGGAUGGCCGCGUGGACGUGCGCGAGUUGCGCCAGGGACUGGCCCGGCUGGGCGGGGGCGACCCGGACCGCGACACCCAACAGGGCAUCUCCCCCGAGGGUGACGCUGACCCAGGUGGUGGGCUGGACCUGGAGGAGUUUUCCCGCUACCUGCAGGAGCGGGAACAACGCCUGCUCCUUCUGUUCCACAGUCUGGACCGGAAUCAGGAUGGUCAUAUCGAUGUGUCCGAGAUCCAGCAGAGUUUCCGAGCUCUAGGCAUUUCCAUCUCACUGGAGCAAGCAGAGAAAAUUCUGCACAGCAUGGACCGUGACGGCACGAUGACCAUUGACUGGCAGGAAUGGCGCGACCACUUCCUGUUGCAUUCACUGGAGAAUGUGGAGGAUGUGGUCUAUUUCUGGAAGCAUUCUACGGUCUUGGACAUUGGUGAGUGCCUGACUGUCCCUGAUGAGUUUUCAGAGCAGGAGAAGCUGACUGGCAUGUGGUGGAAGCAGCUGGUGGCGGGUGCGGUGGCAGGUGCCGUGUCGCGGACUGGCACAGCCCCUCUGGACCGCCUGAAGGUCUUCAUGCAGGUCCAUGCCUCCAAGACCAACAAGCUAAACAUUCUGGGGGGCCUAAAGAACAUGAUCCAAGAGGGGGGCAUGCGCUCCCUGUGGCGUGGCAAUGGAAUUAACGUGCUCAAGAUUGCACCUGAGUCGGCCAUCAAGUUCAUGGCCUAUGAGCAGAUCAAGCGGGCCAUUCGGGGGCAGCAGGAGACGCUGCACGUGCAGGAGCGCUUUGUCGCUGGCUCGCUGGCCGGUGCCACAGCCCAAACCAUCAUUUACCCCAUGGAGGUGCUGAAGACACGGCUGACCCUGCGCCGGACAGGCCAGUACAAGGGGCUGCUGGACUGUGCGUGGCAGAUCCUGGAGCGAGAGGGGCCCCGCGCCUUCUACCGCGGCUACCUGCCCAACGUGCUGGGCAUCAUCCCCUACGCGGGCAUCGACCUGGCCGUCUAUGAGACCCUGAAGAACCGGUGGCUCCAGCAAUAUAGCCACGACUCGGCCGACCCAGGCAUCCUCGUGCUCCUGGCCUGCGGCACCGUCUCCAGCACCUGUGGCCAGAUAGCCAGCUACCCCCUGGCCCUGGUCCGGACCCGCAUGCAGGCCCAAGCCUCCAUCGAGGGCGCCCCCCAGCUCUCCAUGCUGGGUCUGCUCCGUCACAUCCUGUCCCAGGAGGGCGUGUGGGGCCUCUACCGGGGCAUUGCCCCCAACUUCAUGAAGGUUAUCCCGGCUGUGAGCAUCUCCUAUGUGGUCUACGAGAACAUGAAGCAGGCCCUGGGGGUCACGUCCAGAUCCCCAUGCUUCCAGCCCUGGAUCUCCAAGCUCGGCCACUGGAUUCUGGAUAUCAAGAAGCCUCAGCCACCGGAUCCUGACAAUGCAAUGCCUAGAUCCCGGGGCCCCAGCCACUGGAUCCCAGAUCCCCUCACCCCAACUACUGGAUUCCUGAAUUCCUUUUUCUUGACACUGAGUCCCGGAUCCCUCUGCUUUGACUACUGGAUUCCCUACAUUUCAACCACUACACCCUCAAUCCCCAACCACUGGAUCUCGGAUUCCCAAGCCCUGACCGGCUGGAUCCUGGCGCCUAAAUCCACAAUGUGAGCCCAACGGCAGAGCGAGUGGGUCCUGGCAACUGCAGCUGUUGGACCCCAAACCCCUUCACCACAGGCACUGGAUGCUGAAACCUCACCCAUAGGAGGUAGACCCCCCCUCACCCUUCCAAGCACUGGAUCCCAGCCCCUUAACCCCUGGAUUCUGACUGGAAUCCUCCCAGGCACUGGAUCCUGAAUGCCCAGACUCCAAGUCUAGAUAGAUCCCAAUAGGCCAAUCACAGCAUCCUGGAUCCCCCGUGCCCCUGUCCCAGACACAC